GGAGCUCUGGAUGCCCCCUUAUUUAAGCUGAUCCAGCUAGACUGGUCGACGAGGGUAUCGCUCACAGUGCUCUGACCCUGAUCCUGACAUCUUCGCUCAUCAAUAUAUCCCUACCUGUACUGAUUUGCCGCCAUGCCGAUGGUAUACACAUCUACAGAAGUCUCUGGUGAGUGCAGAACGGUCUGUGCUUUGCUCAUCCUUUUGAGAUGUCGCCACAGGCGUGAUUCAUAGUACCCUCGAUGAAUGGCGGAUGGAGCUCAACCUCCGAAUGGCCGAGCUCGAGCAAGCCAAGUUGUUCGCGAUUGAAGAUAUGGAGUAUGGCGGAGCGGCAGGUACGGCGGAUCAGACUCCUCUCCAAGACGCCGUCAAUCACGCCAACGAACAGGUUGCAAGGUUGAGAAAUGAGGCGAGAAAGAGACAGGAGGGGACCGUUCCCCUUUGCGUGAGGAUCUCUGGUUCCCAGCAGCCAACACCGACCACCAUGAGUCCUAUCUGAUGCGGCGAGCUGUAUGAUGUACGUGAGCAGAAAAAGAGU